AUGACUCUUGGGAUUGGUGAGCAGAGCAUGUCAUCGUUAAAGUCCAAGCUACCUCUGCUCCUGUAUGGGAUCCUCCUGUGCAGCACCUUUGCUCCUCUCCCAGUCAUCAGCAGGUCAUUGGUCCAGGCUAGCAGCAGCUCCUGGGACAGGAGAGAGGUGACAGCUAGAGAUGGAGAAUACCUGCUGGGGAUAAAGAGACUCAGAAGGCUCUACUGUAAUGUGGGCAUCGGCUUCCACAUCCAGGUCUUACCAAACGGAAAGAUCACAGGUGUGCAUAAUGAAAACAGAUACAGCCUUCUAGAAAUUUCCCCAGUAGAGAGAGGAGUGGUGACUCUGUUUGGGGUGAGAAGCGGCCUCUUCAUCGCCAUGAGCGACAAUGGGAAACUCUAUGGCUCGGGCCAUUACAAUGAUGAUUGUAAGUUCAAGGAGAACCUCCUGGCCAACAACUAUAAUGCCUAUGAAUCAGCUGCACACCCUGGCAUGUACAUUGGCCUCAGCAAGACCGGCAAAACCAAGAGAGGCAACCGGGUCACACCUACCAUGACUAUGACACACUUCCUACCCAGAAUAUGAAUUUUAAAAUCAAAACUCAACAGUACAAAACAAAGUCUAGGCCACUGUUUCAUUUUGGUCAGAUUUUGCUGUUGGACCUACUCAUCUCCUCCUUCUACCACUAAUACAACAGACCACAGUGGGAAACUAUUUGAAAUAUUUUUGCCCAAGCUAACCAUCGCUGUAGGCAAUGUUUGCAUGAACUGUUGCUAUGCAUCAACCAAAGAACAGUAAUGUGGCAUCACCAUGACUGUGAAUGAAGACUCCAAUGGACAAACUUGGAAAAAAACAAAACAAAAUAGUACCAGUGUUAACAUUGCUAUCAGUAAAUUUUGGCUCACUGAAUAUUCAGCGACAUCUCCAAGAAAAUGCAUCAGCAAAUGUGUGUUUUCCUCCUCAACUUCCAAUUUUUGAACAUUUUGGGACAUUGCUAGAACAUUUAGAUUCAUGCUGCAGGUACCAGAUUGAAACGAUCAAGGUCCAAAUCAGGUCAUAUGUGAUAAUGCAGAUUUGUUCCAGUGGAAAGGA